AGCCUUCCCAGAAUUAUGGCGCAUUAUUGAGCUAUAUAUAGGAAAUCCGGGAGCAGGACCAAGAGUCAUUCACUUGGCUUUGGUGCCGGUCCCGGGAUGGUCAGUGUCUCCUUGGUACCGAUCUGAUCUUCAGCUGCUCGCUGUCUGAAACGCUGCUGCCUCCCUUGAACAGUCAUCUGAUAUACUUUUGGCCCUCAGCCGCCAUGUCGAGCUCCAAGCAGCGCCUCAUGCAGGGCAUGCACCAGGACCUCAGCUGCCCAAUCUGCCUCAAGCUGUUCCAGUCUCCCGUGACGACGGAAUGUGGGCACACCUUCUGCCAGGCUUGCCUGUCCAACGUGCCCAAGGAAGAGGACGGCAAGGCCACCUCGUGCCCCACCUGCCAGGCCCUCACCAAGGUGGAGCAGCUGCGCAUCAACCAGCAGAUGGAGCACCUCGUAGAGUGUUUCCGGCAGGUCCCCCGCGACACCUGCGAGGAGCACCUGGACCCCCUGAGCGUCUACUGUGAGCAGGACCGCCAAGUCAUCUGUGGGGUGUGUGCUUCCCUGGGCAAGCACAAGGGACACAACAUCAUCACUGCUGCCGAGGCCCACCAGAGGAUGAAGAAACAACUUCCCCAGCAGCAAGUCCAGCUGCAAGAGGCCCAAGUGCGCAAGGAGAAGACCAUCGCCCUGCUAAACCGACAAAUAGCCGAAGUGGAGGAAACAGUGUCUCGGUUCAAGCAUCAAGUGUCUGAGCAGCUGGGUGUCAUGCGUGCCUACCUGGGGGCACUGGAGGCGUCUCUGGGCCGGGAGGCGGAGCGGGUGCAACACCAGGCCACAGACGCCUUGCAAAAUGAGCGUAAGACCAUGACCCGCUACCUGGACCAACUCAAGCAGAUGGAGACUGUGCUGGGGGAGGUGCAGGACGAAGCCCAGACUGAGUUUCUCAGGAAAUACUGCCUAGUGGCCAGCAGAUUACAGAAGAUUCUUGGAGAGUCCCCACCCAUCGCUCGCAUGGACAUUCAGCUCCCCAUCAUUUCAGAUGAGUUCAAGUUCCAGGUGUGGAAGAAGAUGUACCGUGCACUGAUGCCAGCCUUGGAGAACUUGACCUUGGACCCAGACACUGCCCAAGCCAACCUUGUGGUGUCAGAGGAUGGCAAGCGGGUGGAAUGUGGGGAACACAAGCAGGCUGUGAGCACGGAUGACCCACAGCGCUUCGACAAGUCCAACUGCCUGGUGACCCGCCAGAGCUUCUCCCAGGGCGAGCAUUACUGGGAGGUGACGGUGAGCGACAAACCCCGCUGGGCCUUGGGCCUCAUCUCUGCCGAAGCUGGGCGCAAGGGCCGCUUGCACGCCACCCCGUCUAAUGGCUUCUGGCUGUUAGGGUGCAAGGAAGGCAAGACCUACGAGGCCCAUGUGGAGCACAAGGACCCACGGCCGCUGAAGUUGGAGGUGAAGCCCAACCGUGUUGGCAUCUACCUCAGCUUCGAUGACGGCAUCCUGGCCUUCUACGAUGCCAGUGACGAAGACAACCUGGCGCAGAUCUUUGCCUUCCAUGAGCGCUUUACGGGCGCCGUCUACCCCUUCUUUGAUGUCUGCUGGCACGAUAAGGGCAAGAACAGCCAGCCUUUGGUCAUCUACACUCCAGAGCGAGAAGGGCAGUAAUCAACCCCUGCCCUGGGGAUGGAGAGAUGGUCUUCACAACACCCACUCACAUCUUAGCAUAUAGACACACCCAGCCACAGCCCCUGUUUAGAAGCCCCAAAGUCUGCAGUGUGGCUAGCUCCAGACUGAGCCCAUGUCCCCAACAAUCACUGGCAAUUUUAACUCCACAACCUAUAGGACACCCAAAUUGUGCCCACAUACAAUGUGCUUGAACAGAAGCCUCACUAUGCUCAGCAUAAACAUAGAAUCUGGCAUCAA